AUGUCCGCAAUUAUCAACCCCCUUGCCAAUCCAAAAGGAGCGAAUAAACUAUGUGAGCUUUGUGAAAAACCAGCUUACAUUCAGUGCACGAAAUGUUAUGUCACCUUCUAUUGUGACGCUGAGCACCAGCGUGCUGACUGGGUCAGCAUCCACUCUAAGGUGUGCCAGCUUCUGAUCCCCGUCAGGACCGCUGUGCCGUACUACACCCUGCAGGCGGACAGAGAGCACCACCGCGCCCAGAUACUGCAGAGACAGGAGCAGCUGAUGCUGAUUGCACGGACGGCGGCGCAGAAGAGGCUGUUUGAGGGCAGCCAUCGGGAGUCCCUCCCAGCAUCCCUGCUGUCCCUGCGCUGCGCCAUGGACAUCUACGGGUCCAGUGCUGUCCACCUCGUCCCUCCUUACCUCCUGCUGGCCGAGGCCAACAUCGGUCUCGGCUGUCUCUCUGCUGCUGAGCAGUACCUGUCCUGGGCAGACUGGACCGUCCUGAAGACGCCAGGGUGCAGCUGGAUGGUCCGCCACCAACUGCACCGCUGCUUGGGACGACUCUUUGUUGCCAAAGGCAACCUAGAGGAGGCGCUGUUUCACCUUGCCAAUGACGUUUACUACGCCAGCGAGGAGUAUGGCCUGGAUAAUAUCGUAACAUGUGGUGGCUACUACCUAAUGGCAGACGUGUUUAUUAAGCAGGGAAAGAUGGACAUUGUAAAUACACUGUACAUUCAGUUAGCAAACACCUGGCACUCGCACCUAUGCAGACUUUUUGAGAGCUACACACAGGGCUCCAUUGAACCAGAAGAGUAUCUUGACGAGGCCCAGCAGGUGGAGGCGGACCGGAUGCUGCGCUCCAUGCUGGACGCUCCGGAGGGUGUCCCCGAGCGGCAGCCGGAGCAGGCGGCGGUGCUGACCCACGCCCUCGCCCUGCUCUGGCUGCUGGGUGGCGACCGUGAGAAGGCGCUGGAGUUUGGCACGAAGGCCCUGUCAUCCUGCCAGCUGGUGCCAGACCGCAGCCUGACAGAGCCCAUCCAGAGACUGCUGCAGCUGGCCCAGGCAGAGGACAACCCCAGCGAUGCCGAUGAAAGCUGA